UUACGUCCCAAGAUAGGAUGUUCUUCCAAAGUCAAGUAGUCAAAUCCGCGAUGCUGCUGUAAACAGAAUAAAUUGGGUCACUCCGGUAACAAAGAGGACAGAUCAUUGUUCAUCACCCGCCAUCGAGAAUAAGCUGUAGCGACCCUAUUAAAGAUGUCAUUGCCAAUUCGCUUUAUAAAGCUUUUAAAGGAAAAGGUUCGCGUCGUUAACCUGCAGAAGAAAUGCACGCACUCGAUAGCUGUUAUUGGAGCUCCUUUCUCCAAGGGUCAGAAAUGGUGUGGUGUAGAACAUGGACCAGCUGCAAUUAGAAAAGCUGGCCUCAUUGAAAGAUUGUCCGGCAUAGGGUGUGACAUAUACGAUGUUGGGGAUCUGAACUUUGCUCAAGUUCCUGAUGACAAAUUGUACAAUAACACAGUUAAAUACCCUCGUACAGUUGGGCUUGCUUGUCAAGUGUUGGCUGAUGAAGUUAACAGAGUGGUUGGAGCUGGCCACACAUGUAUAACCCUGGGAGGAGAUCACAGUUUGGCUCUUGGUUCUAUUAGUGGUCAUGCCCAACAUUGUUCAGAUUUGUGUGUAGUUUGGGUGGAUGCUCAUGCAGAUAUUAACACACCACUGACAACUUCAUCAGGCAAUCUCCAUGGCCAGCCUGUGUCAUUUCUCCUGAGGGAACUACAGGACAAGGCACAUUUUCCAGAUACCAGCCUCCACUGUAGGCAUCAUCAUUUCAGAGUAAGAAGGAUCUGCACCUGGAAGGCCAACACGCACCUUCAUGUGCGAAGCCAUUUGGUGCCUUUGAUUCCUGGUUUUUCUUGGAUAAAACCAUGUAUUUCUACAUCUGAUAUUGUAUACAUUGGGUUGCGAGACCUUGAUCCAGCUGAACAGUUUAUUCUGAAGAAAUAUGAUAUCACAUACCAUUCAAUGAGACAGAUUGAUUGCUUUGGAAUACAGAAAGUCAUGGAAAAAACGUUUGAUCAGCUAUUGGGAAGGCGGCAGAGGGCCAUUCAUCUAAGCUUUGACAUUGAUGCUUUUGAUCCAGUACUGGCACCAGCUACAGGAACUCCAGUCAUUGGAGGGUUAACCUACAGGGAAGGAAUGUAUAUUACAGAGGAAAUACAUAACACAGGGAUGUUGUCAGCUCUUGAUAUGGUAGAAGUUAACCCAAUUCUUGGAGCUACCUCCAAUGAAGUGAAAGCAACAACCAGUCUAGCAGUAGAUGUAAUAGCUUCAUGUUUUGGUCAGACAAGAGAAUGUGCUCUCAGAAUAAUAGAUGAGCUUCCAACACCUAGUGCAACAUUUGAAUUGGAUAACGAAGAGCAAGUAAUGAUUUAAAGGAUGAAGACAACCUCCUUGCAAGUCCGUAGAAGCAUAGCACUUAAUUAUACAGCCGCAAUGGUUAACCAAUAAAUGACAUUAGUUCUGACCACUGACUUUAAUAAAUAUAGACUAAUUAUAUAGGCAGGUCAAUACGUUUGGACAGAGCUAGAAAAGACUGUAUGUAUAACAAAGGAACUUAUACAAAUGACAGCCAUGUUUAGUUGAUACGUAACAGUUAUAUACUGAAUAUUGUGCUUUAUUGAUAAAUUAGAUAGUAGGAUCGUCUUGAUUCUUUUUCAAGGUAUCCUGCACAGGUACUGCAAAAUAUUUGUCUUAUUAUGCAUUAUAUUUUCUCAUACAUAAUUUGAAGAAAACUAUCAAUGAAGGCCAAUGUGUCUCAUUUAGCAUGAAUCAUCAAGUUACAAUGCAAGUAGUUUGUUCUUUAAAUACUUAAGAUGGCCCAUUACACAGUACGGAUGGUGUAAUGGUUAGCAUUACUGCCUUGCAGCACUAACGUCAUGGGUUUGAUUCCCACCAUGGCCCUAACUGUGUGGAGUUUGUAUGUUCUCCCCAUACUUGCGUGGGUUUCCUCUGGGUACUCUGGUUUCAUCCCACAAUCCAAAAAUAUACUGGUAUGUUAAUUUGCUUCUGAAAAAAAUAACUCUAGUAUGAAUGUGUGUGCAUAUAAAUGUUCUAGGGAAUAUAGAUUGUAAGCUCCACUGGGGCAGGGACUGAUGUCAAUGGCCAAAUAUUCUCUGUAAAGCGCUGUGGAAUAUGUGUGCGCUAUAUAAAUAACUGGUAAUAAAUAAAAAAUAAUUGUGUAACAAGUGCA